AAAUCAAUGAGGAAUAACGGUUUAGAUGCUAUAGUAACAAAUAACUUCUAAGUAUAUAUAGAACAAGUAUAGCUUCUGAGAUCACAUUGACUAUUUAAGUUCUUCAUGGAACAACGAAAGAAUCUGAAGGAAAUGGUAGCGUUUAUUAGUCUCCGCACUUUAAAAUCACCGUAAAAUGCAAAAUUUAGAAAAAGAACUUAAUUUGUCUACUUUAUGUGAAAGACUAGUUUAAUUUCAGCUGUGAAGCUAGAAAGUUUUUAGAAUUAUAGAGUAAAUUUCUGCAAAAAAAUCGUGCCGCGGUGGCUAAAAAACGAAAAGCCGCUGCCGCGGCACCGUUAUGAAUGAUCUGCCGCGCCGCACAAAUCUAUAAAAAAAACCUGCCGCUGCCGCGUCGCCAACCGCGACCGCGACCGCGGCAGCGGCGCGAUGGACAUCUCUGAUGUAAACUGAUGGUUAGGAUGGUUGAAAUUGUUACUGUGAUCAACUGUCGUUUUCAACAUGUCUGCCUUUCGACACUCGUACCGUUUGAGUUUUUGACAUUUCAUUCUUGAUCAAAGUUGAGUAUCGAUUUUUUUUGUCCUAGUAUACCACCGAAAUGUAGCAGAACACAGUUUACAGUAAAAGAAAUUCAUAAUAGAUCAGUGAGGAAAAUUUAAUAAAUGCUAUCUUCUCUUUUUGAUCGUGUAAAUUUAAGUUUCAAUAACUGUCGUUCUGCUGCUUAAAAUAAUUUUUCUAAUGAAAAUUUUUAUUUAUUAAGGAUCAACUGUCUACAGAGAAUAUCAAUUUUUUAUUUUAACGAAUGAUAUAAAGUUUCUUCGAGUCAGUAGUAUAAUUACUCUUAAUUUUAUUAAGCAUAUUUGUAACAAGUCUUUGCGUCACGUUGUUUUUUCUGCGCUUUUUACAACUUACUAUUCUCUCUUUUAAAUACUGAUAAAUUCGAGAUACUGCUGCCGUUUCUCUCUUGUUUGUAGCUCUUGUCUCUCAUUAAGUAUGCAUUGUAAGAAGUGAAUAUUCAAAUAAAAUGUGAUCAGUUCACGUUUAUUUUUUAAAUUUAUUCAUAUUUAGUUGAAUUUAAGAAACUUUUUAAAAUUCAAUCAUACAUCAAAACCAUACAAAUAAUUAUCUCAAAAGUUUUUUUUACUGCUCUGUAGUGCGACAGGGAGAGACAAUAGUAAAAAGACACUAACUUCGAAAAAAUUAGAUGAAUGGUGUGGCAGGGUGUGUGGGUGUGAGUGUGAGUGAUCUCUCCAAUGACGCCCACACCCACCAACACCCAGACCCCAAAUCCAGAUCCACACCCACACCCUCUCUAUUGCUUUGGUAUUGUGACAUUUGAAAGAGUUGUAAAAUGUGAAAGAUGCACUACAGUGAGAGUAGCGGCGUCUUCUUUGAAAGAGCUAAUAUGGUUCUUCAAAUUCUAUUGGUUUUUGGAAAUUUAAAGUUUCGUUUAGUAGUUGAAUUAAUUAAAAUUAAUGAAUACUAUCUCUAAUUAAAAGUGUACAUGCUCUAAAAAUCUUAUCAAGAUGAUCAAUGUCGAAAUAACGUUAAUACAAUUUUGUUCGAUUUUUAUUGCUGUUUCAUAUGACAUACACAGAAGUCGAAAAUAAAUAAAAAUUUCCUUCAUUAAUCACUAAUCAUUAAUUCUGAGGUAAUUUUUCAAUAUAAGAACAGGUACUUUUUACCAGAAUGUAUCCGGUUGAAUUCUGCACCGAACAGUAUAUAAAACAAUUCUCAACUAUCGUAAAAUAAUAACAAAAUCAGCUAAGUACUAAAAAGUGUGCUAAAAUUUUUUCCUGCGCUUUAUAGGUGCUGGAAAAUCAUCACUCUUCAAAGCUGUUCUUCGCCUUGUUAAUCGAUCACGUGUUGACGGUGAAAUUUUCAUUGAUGAUAUUGACAUUAGUUGCAUCACACUUAAUCAUCUUCGAUCUCAUAUCAGUGUUAUUCCUCAACAACCUGUUCUAUUCAGUGGUACUCUUCGAUACAAUCUUGAUCCAUUUCAAGAUUAUUCUGAUGAACAAUGUUGGAUGACACUUGAAGAUGCUCAACUAAAGCAGUUUGUGAGCAAUCAUUCAGCAGGUCUUCUAAUGCCUAUUGCUGAAUGGGGUAGAACAUUGAGUAUUGGUCAAUGUCAAUUAGUAUGCAUCGCACGAGUCGUCCUGAAGAAAAGUAAAAUAUUGUUGAUCGAUGAAGCAACAGCUAAUGUUGAUGAGAAAACAGAUGAUCUAAUUCAAGCAGUACUUAAAAAUAAAUUUCAAGAUCGAACUAUUCUACCCAUUGCUCAUCGGUUGAAUACAGUGGUAAAACAUGAUCGUAUUCUUAUAUUGGAUAAAGGAACGAUAGCCAACUUUGAUACCUCUACAAAUAUUUUACAUUCUUAUUGUUGA